AUGAGCGCUGGCAAGGUGGAAAAACUAUCCCCCAGAGCCUCUGCAAGGCGUAAGGAGAAAGUGGUGGAACUUAUUGAAGUAGAUGGGAAACGAGUUAGUAGAACUUCUACUGGUAAGAGGAAAUUUCAUAAUAAGUCGAAAAAUGGGUGUGAUAAUUGUAAAAGAAGGAGAGUAAAAUGUGAUGAGGGAAAGCCUGCCUGUCAGAAAUGCUUAAAUAUGAAACUGGAUUGUGUUUAUACUCCGGUACAACCCAAGAAGAAAAAGGACUCGACAGUUGUCAAGUACGUUACAAGAAAUUCGGAUGAAUAUGACGAGAAGAAACAUCUUGGAGAUGACAGAGAGAUGAGUAUGAGUAAAGAAGUCAGUACGGCAAGUAGUAGCCGUGGAAGUAGCCGCUCUGGUAGUCACGUCCCGUUGCCUACGUCGGAUGGUGCUUCUAAUCCAGAUAUGGCUAGUGCUUACGACAAUGUGAUGGGUAAAAAGACGCACUCCAAUCAUGCAAAACUGACUGGUUCAGAUAUACAUGAGAUGAAAAGGCAAAAUAGUCACCGUUUGAAUUCACCGGGGCGCCUUCUUUCCAGUGGAUCCAAAGGUACUAUGGACGGGUUGCUUCUCCCGCCUCUCGUGCCGGACACAGGUAACCCACAUCAAACGCAGCAACAGUUACAACAGCAAUUGCUUCUGUUGCCACAAUUGAUGACACUUUCGAAUUCUGAAAAAUUUGUGGCUUUUGACUUACCCAAUAGCCCAUCAUUACAACCAGCAGGUAUGAAUAUAACAAAUAGCAUUGGGAGUAUUUUCUCCCCAAGCCGAUUUCCUUUACCACAGGGUCAACAUAACUUCUCAGCCCAGCAAAAUGGUCAGACGGUAAACAUACAACAAAACUCUACACAACUGCAUAGUAGACACUCAUCAGAAGUUCCCCAACAGCAACAGGAUGGCCAACAUUCGAAUCAUCUGCCCAAUCCAUCAUCUCUGCAGGGGCCACUGUCAACCCAUCCCUUGUCAUUUCAGGCAGAGUCGAUUGCACAGCUUAAUAAGGCAAGCUUAAAUCUUAAGGCAAUGGGCACUUUCCCCACAGCUGGUAUAGGAGGUGUGACGUACGAUUUCCAAGAGUUGUUAGGUAUUAAAUAUAACGGAAAUACCCAGGCCGCCAAGGCAACUUCUGCGGAAGAAGCUCUUGCUAACAUGCAAGAACAGCAGGAGCAAGCAACCAAAGGCGACGAUGAAGAAUGUAACAAUGAUGGACCAUCUCAAAUGGUCGCAACACCAAGCUUACCGAAUAAUCCGACAAUAUCACCUGUGGCGGCUAUAACGCCCUUGUUGAAAUCUGAAAUGAACGGUGGUGGAAAUUCACCUUCAGCGGCGGCCGUCGCCAGCAGAGACGGUAUCGAUGACUCCAUAAACAAGAGCGAAAGAAUGGUAAAGACCCAAACCCAGGAGUCAGCGUCAUCUGCCGGUACUGCAAGGUCGGGACACAUCGCCAAGCUUAUAGAUCUGUCUCGUGAAGGUAACUUGAAUCUGAUAGACUUGAAACUGUUUCAUCAUUACUGCACCAAGGUAUGGCAAUCAAUCACAGCAUCGGGAAUCUCCAGCCUAGAAGUAUGGCGUACAGACAUACCGGACCUUGCGUUCGAAUACCCUUUCCUGAUGCAUUCUCUGUUGGCAUUUAGCGCAACACAUAUGUCACGAACAGAGCCUGGUCUAGAGCAGUACGUUUCCAGACAUAGGCUAGAUGCGUUGAGACUGCUGAGGGAGGCAGUUCUAAAUAUCUCUGAGGACAAUACUGACGCACUGGUAGCAAGCGCUUUAAUAUUGAUCAUGGAUUCUUUGGCAAAUGCAUCCACAGCGAACCCAGCCAAUCCCAAUUCGAUGUCUCCCUCUGCAUGGAUCUUCCACGUUAAAGGCGCUGCCACUAUCCUGACGGCUGUAUGGCCUUUGACAGAAAAAUCAAGGUUCUAUAACUUGAUAUCAGUCGAUUUAAGUGAUCUUGGUGAUGUGGUGAACCAGGAGAACGGUACUAUUACCGAGCUCGUAUGUUUCGACGAGAGCAUCGCUGACUUAUACCCAGUAGAAAUUGAUUCACCAUAUUUAAUCACGCUCGCGUACCUGGAUAAGUUGAACCGCGAGAAGAACCAGUCUGAUUUUAUCCUGAGGGUCUUCGCUUUCCCAGCACUCCUGGAUAAGACUUUCUUGGCGCUCCUCAUGACAGGAGAUCCCGGUGCCAUGAGAAUUAUGAGAAGCUACUAUAAGCUACUCCGAGGAUUUACAACUGAGAUGAAGGAUAAAGUAUGGUUUUUGGAAGGUGUUUCCCAAGUUCUACCACAGGAUGUGGACGAAUAUAGUGGUGGUGGUGGUAUGCACAUGAUGUUGGAUUUCCUCGGUGGUGGGCUGCCAUCGAUGACUACAACGAACUUGUCCGAGUUUAUGUGA